AAGAGGAUCCACUUUGGCGGGUGACAUCACGGCUUCCCACCUUUCAACUUUCCAACCUUGGCUCUUUCACUUCGGAACCUACAAAUUCCCUAACAAUACAUACCCUACUAAGCUUCAAGAGGCUCAACACUUUUAUCCCCCCAAGUCUUUUUAGUUAAUGGUUUACGGCGCGGGACCCUUAACUUUAUCUCGUUUACCACAUAAACCGACCGAGCUCUUGAGCUAAACUUAUGUAUCAUGCAUAACAUUUUUCUGGCAAUAGACUCUCACAACAUUAUUCUUCCUUUACCCGAAUUUUGAAUUUGUACAUUUUCCCUCCAAGCUCAUAAAUAAAAAUAAAAAUAAAGGACGACUCGUCCGUCCAGCUUCGACUUUCUAGAGUUAUGAUAAUUCCAAAGGACAACCGAAUCCAACGAAUACAGGAUGCUUCCUUAUAUCAAUAAACCCUUCGAGUUGCUCUCUGGGGCAGUCGGUGCCUCUCCUGACGAGCUGAAGCUCAUCUUCUCCUUCCUAAUAUCCUAUCCUCUCGCCGGCCUCUUAAAACGUGUGCCGGAUGCUCGUCCUCAAUACAAGAACCUAUUCAUCAUCAGUGUCGGUCUAUUCUACUUGGUAGGCCUGUAUUCGUUAUGGGGCGGCGUCCGAACCCUCAUCAUCUCCUCGGCGGGCACGUACGCCCUCACCUACUACCUACGAACGUCCGCCUACAUGCCAUGGAUCGCCUUCGUCUUCCUCAUGGGCCACAUGGCCACCAACCAACUCUCCCGCCAGUUCGCCGAUAACCCUUCCUCGGUCGACAUUACCGGUGCGCAGAUGGUGCUGGUCAUGAAGCUUUCCGCCUUUGCCUGGAACGUGGCAGACGGCACGUUACCCGACGAUCAACUCAGCGACUUUCAGAAAAACAGCAGGAUCAUUCAUUUGCCAGGGCUGUUAGACUAUAUGGCUUACGUGCUGUUCUUCCCGUCCCUCUUUGCAGGACCGGCCUUCGACUACAACGAGUACCGCGGUUGGAUCGACUGCACCAUGUUCGACGUCCCGGCCACUAUUGACCCUGCCAAGAAACCCCCAACCAGGAAAAAGCGCAAGAUUCCACGAAGCGGCACGCCGGCUAUGUGGAAGAUGGCGAGCGGGCUGGUCUGGAUCGGGGUUUUCCUAAACCUAAGCAAGUGGUAUAGCCCCGAAGCUCUCUUGGUCGAUCGUUCCCCGCCAGUAGGUUUCCUACGCCGGAUCCUCAUCAUGCAUAUGGUUGGCUUCACCACGCGGACGAAGUACUACGGCGUAUGGUGUCUUACGGAGGGUUCGUGUAUUCUCGCUGGCCUCGGUUACAACGGCGUGGACCCUGUUACUGGCAAGGUCUCGUGGAACCGACUGCAAAACAUUAACCCCUGGGGUGUCGAGAGUGCGCAGAACAGCCGCGCCUACCUGGGCAACUGGAACAUGAACACAAACAAGUGGCUCCGCUACUAUAUCUACCUGCGUGUGACGCCGCGGAAUAGAAAACCUGGCUUCCGUGCCAGCUUGGCCACCUUUGUCACAAGCGCCUUCUGGCAUGGAUUCUACCCCGGGUACUACCUGUCUUUCGGCCUCGCUAGUUUUGUCCAGACAGCUGCAAAGAAUUGUCGUCGGCACCUCCGCCCUUUUUUCGUAGACCCGGUAACGCAGAAACCGCUCCCGAACAAAAAGUACUACGACAUCGCGUCCUGGCUCGCCACCCAAGCCACCUUCUCCUUCGUCGUCGCCCCCUUCGUCAUCCUCCGCCUCGACCAGUCCCUCCUCGCCUGGCGCCGCGUCUACUUCUACGCCAUCUUCAGCACCCUCGGCUGCAUCGCCUUCUUCGCCUCGCCCGCCAAGAAGUCCCUCAAAGCCGCGCUCGAGAAGAAGACCCGCGAGGCCGGCGGCAGCGGUAAAAUGAUAAGGACGACGAGCUCCGAGAGUCUGAGCGGUGGUGUACCCGGUGCUGGUGGGAGGUCCAGACAGGAGCCUGUCUUGGGUCUCAGUGCGGAUCCCGGUAGGGAUAUCGAUGAGGCGAUACAGGAGUUACGUGAGGAGGUUGAGAGGGCGCAGGGGAGGCUGCGGGAGCAUGAUAGUAAUGCGAGCGCGAAGGCGAAGGCGAAGAGGGAUGUGGAUGGGGAUGAGGGGUUGGCGAUGAAGGAGGGGAAGAAGGGGAUUUGAGCGAGCGAAGGAAGCGAGUUUAGUGAGUGAGUGAUAAGCCUUUGCAAACUUACCUCUGAAGGCUAGGUGGCAUGGCUGGUUCUUUAUUUAUAACAUCCUCACUAACCUGCUUGCUUACUUACCUUACCUUACCUUCCUACCUACCUAUCUACUUUAAACUACCCAAGCGAAGCAUGUAGAAUAGACGGAGCUGAUGAUGAUGAUGUGGCGCUUUGAAGACAGAAAUAAAGAAAGGAGAGGAGGUACAUUAAUCAUAAUUUGGUGUAGUUGAAGAACUGUAUGUAUGUAUGUAUGUAUGUA